UACUAGUUUCUUUACUUUAACAGAAAGCACUGGCACUAAGUAGCUUUAAAGUAAAAUAUUGCUUGGAUGGUGGACUUGGAAGUCAGGAUUAAUGAUAAAGAAGGUACCAAAUAGUUAUUCACAUUGAGUUUCCCUGAAUCAUCUUGUUUUGCUGUUGUGAAGAAAGAUCUGAGAACGAAAUAAGGGGUAGAAAAUGGUAAAUAGUAGUUUUCUUGCUGUUCUUGUUUCCACCACAGAACAGUUGGCACGCCUGGGAGACGAACCAAGCUUGACUGAUCCAAUGAAGGAUCAAAACCAAAAGCUUCAAAUGGAGUUAAAUUUCCUCAAGAUGUUUUCCUGGUGCUGGCUCAAGUUUGAAGAAGCUGGUAAGAAUGUUGAGUUGAAUUUUGCUAUUAAUACCAUUAGUUCUGCAGUAGAAGUAGCAAAUAAGCGCCUUUACUCAGCCGGUCUAUGGGCAAUUCGGACAAGAAGGGAUAGAAAUUGGCGUCUCCUAACUUCUAAUUUGCUGAAAAAUGUUGAGCAGUUUAAGUCAGAAAUUAGAAAGAAUUGCAAUUUUUUGCUUAAUUUUUUGUUAAAUUCCAUCAAAUCUUCCACGACGGUGGAGAUCUAUGAUUUCAUGGACUUUAUCAUCAUGAAUCUUAAGGACCUUAGUGACACAGAAGAUGAACAGAUCGCUUCAGUGUAUAAGCAAACUAGAGCGCUUGAAGAGAAACUAAGGCUCAUUAGAAAGUUCAUUGAUUUCACCGUGAAACGUUGCUAUGAGCAUCAGAAAUUCGAAGAUUCAUUGGUUCAUCUUCAUUCUUGCGCUAAUAAAGUAGCAUGGCUAUCAUUUUUGUGCUGGGUAAAUAAAAAUGAUGAAAACAUGCAGUGCAGAAUAAAUAUCAUGCUUUCUGAUCUACACAAGGAGAUUUGGCCUUGUGCUCCAGGAAUUACAGGGAUGUAUCUUGAAGUCCUCAAAGCUUUAAAGGUGUCAGCAUGUGACACUUUAUUGGUGGCUGAAAUUGUUGCAGACUUUGUCAACUUUCUGCUAGAAAAUCUUCCUGCCGUUUUCAUAGACCGCAUUGAGAUCAUUCGAGAAGGGCUCAUAAUCAUCAUUGCAUUUCUCGUGGAUUCACCAGAGGACUGUGAAGAUGAUGGGGAUAAACUUUUGACGCAAGCUGACGCCAUUGUAACUGAGGCUGCAUCUCUCUUUUACUCAAUCUUUUUGGAGGAAAUGAAUGAAAAUGUCGUCGAAGAAAAAAAAUUUCUUUUGUUUGAAGUCAUAGGAAAGAUUGAGAGAUUCCUGGAAGUGGUCAAAAAGUUCUAUGUCUACAUUCCAGGGGCGUCAGAGUUUUAUUCUCUCAGGACUCAUGGCAUAGGAUAUAUUGAUUUCAUCUUGGAAAAUCUGAAGAAAAUGCUGAAACAAAAUUGCAAAUUUGUACCUUUUGUGAAGCAUAAAGUUGUGAUGGUUCAGGAGGAGCUGCAGUCAUUGAGGACAUUCCUCACGGAUAAAAUGGAUGGUCAAAAUGAGCACGAGGAGCUGAAAGAUCUUUGGAGAAGAACCAUCAAUGUGGCAUACCAUGCAGAGCAUGUCACUGACUUGUCUUUAAUCAGUUGUAGUUGUUUCUGGUAUUCCAUAAUAUGUCUUUCAACAGUCAUUCAAGAAAUUAAGAUCACCAAGACUGAGAUUGAGAAUAUUGGAAAUAAGCAUAUGAAAAAACCUGGGAUCCUCAUUGCAAAUAUGAACUCCAUGCAUCCCUUUGCGGCACAAGCUAGUAACUCAAGAAUUGAUGAAGCUGUUAUAGGAUUUGAUGAUGAGGCAGAAACCAUAAUCAAUCGACUUACAAGAGGAUCAGAACAACUUGAAAUAGUUUCGAUUAUUGGAAUGCCUGGCCAAGGUAAGACAACUUUAGCCAAGAAAGUUUACAACCAUCCAUCAAUCUGUUAUCACUUUAUUCAAUGUGUCUGGUGCUGUGUGUCUCAAGAGUAUGAGUAUAGAAGUGCAUUGCUUGAAAUGUUAUGUAAUGUCACUGAGCUUUCUAGACAUGAUUCUUCUGAAAUGAGUAAUGACGAACUUGCAAAUCGGCUUAGAAAAUGUUUAAUUGGACGAAGUUAUCUUAUAGUUAUGGAUGAUAUCUGGGAUAUUCGACCUUGGAGUGAAUUAAAGGGAUCAUUUCCUGAUAACAACAACGGAAGCAGAAUUCUGUUCACUAGCCGAAUUCAGAAGUUAUCUUGGCAAGAUGAAUGCAAGUGCUACUUUCAUACUCUCCGGCCAUUUCAUGAGGAGGAAUGCUGGCAGUUAUUGAAACAGAAAACAUUCCAUAAAGAUGAAUGUCCACAAGAUUUAGUUGAAGUUGGCAUGGAAAUUGCAAGAAAGUGCAAGGGACUACCUUUGUCAAUUGUUUUGGUUGCUGGAAUCCUUGCAAGGUCAAAGAAUAGUCUAUAUUGGUGGAAACAAAUUGCUUUUAGUCUGAGUUCAAGCCAUCCAACUGAAGGAUCCAUGGACAUACUGGAGUUAAGCUACAAACAUCUACCAGAUCAUCUAAAACCAUGCUUUCUUUAUUUGGGAGCAUUUUCAGGCGGUCAAAAGAUCAGAGCCCGAAAGAUGACCCUAUUGUGGAUUUCAGAAGGAUUUAUAGGAAGAACAGAUCAAAGGAGGUUGGAAGAUGUGGCUAUGGAGUGCUUGAUGGAUCUGAUUAAUCAUAGCCUUGUAAUUGUCAGUGAAAGAAGUUCUGAUGGUGGGAUCAAAGGCUGUCAGGUUCACAAUCUCUUGCAUGAAUUUUGCGUCACGAAAGCUAAAGAAGAGAAAUUUUUACAGUUAAUUUAUCAGUAUGAUUUUGAUAAAGAUCCCUCCGAUGGCCGUGAUAUUGACAUGCAUCGGCUAUGCUUUCACGGUUCAUUGUUUUAUUUUGCUGAUUCACAUCGUAUUUUCUCACCUGUCCAUUCUAUAAUUUUUGCUUAUGUGAUGGAGUUUGUUGACUAUUGCUUUUUCAGAACCUUUAGGCUUCUUAAAGUGUUGGAUAUGGAGAGGUUAUACUUGAAAGGUUCUGAUCUUGACGCCCUGAUGUUACUAGUACAUUUAAGGUACUUAGCAAUUUCUGGUUCAAUUAGAAGGCUUCCAUCAUCAAUAGCCAACCUCUGGAACUUGGAAACUCUAAUUGUGAUACGGCGACUUCCUUGGAGUAUUGAUCUACCAGACACCAUUUGGCAGAUGAAAAGUUUAAGGCAUGUAAAUGCUCGUGCUUUUGCUAAUGUCUCUUUGGGUGAUUACGAGUUUGAGGAGCUUUUUCAAUUAGAGAAUGUGCAUACUUUUUCAACAGUACUUUGUCAUGGAAGAGAUACAGAGAUACUGCUGAGACGGUUACCAAGACUUCGCAAGCUUAGUUGUAUAAUUCCAGAGUCCGGUAAGCAUCAAGUUGGAAGCUGCAAAGUUCUAGAUUUCAGCAUCCUAAGUGAAUUGGAGGCACUGGAUUUAAGCUGUAUGGUGGGUACUGAAUUUUCUACUCCUAAAAUACCGGCAUUUGAGUUUCCAAAAGUUCUUAAAAAGUUGACUUUGUUCAAAUGUUUCCUACCAACGGCUGCAAUAUCAGCAAUUGGGCAGCUGCCUAAUCUAGUGGUUCUCAAACUACGGAAUAUAGACUUUGCAAAGCACAUAUUGUAUGUGAAAGAUGGGGAAUUCUUAAAUCUCAAAUUCCUUGCUAUGCAUCAUUCAGAAUUUGAAAGCUGGGCUGUGCCUGACGAGCCUUUCCCUAGUCUUGAGAAUCUUGUCUUGACAGACUGUACCAAGCUUAAGGAGAUCCCCUCUUCUUUUGCUGACAUCUCCACCUUGAAAAUGAUCAAGAUACGAGGCUGCUGUCCCAGUGUUGAGAAGUCAGCCCAGACAAUUUAUGAAGAGCAAAAAGAUAUGGGAAAUGGCGAUCUUCGACUCAUCUGUUCUUAAAAGAAUUCCAGAUAAUCAGCUGCUGCUUCUUCUUACUUGUUAAUACUUGUGAAAUACUCCCGAAGUGAUUUGAUUUAUCAUGAUUGGCUGGAGAUUUGAGGAGAAACUAUUUGCAGAGAAAAAUGUAGUUUGACGGGCACUGAUCUAUAAAAUUUUUUGAAGUAUUAUCUCGUGGGAUGUAAUGUUAAAGGGUUUGCAUUUCUAUUUGAUCUAGCAUCAUUCCUUA